CUGUACUCUGUUGCAUUAUUUCUCUCACUCAAACAUAAGUUAUGUCGACAGAAACGGAGGUCGUCGUAAGUGUUCUUAAGUACCUUGACAACAAGUCCAUAUUGGUCAUUGGAGCUGCUGGGUUCUUAGCAAAUAUUUUUGUGGAGAAGAUAUUAAGGGUGGCACCAAACGUGAAGAAACUGUAUCUCCUUCUACGAGCAUCAAAUGGCAAAUCUGCUACCCAGAGGUUUAACGACGAGAUUUUGAGGAAAGAUUUGUUCAAGGUGGUGAAGGAGAAGUAUGGUCCCAAUCUAAAUCAACUUAUAUCAGAGAAAGUCACUAUUAUCGAUGGAGACAUUUGCCUUGAGGAUUUAGGUCUUCAAGACUUCGACUUGGCUCAUGAGAUGAUCCACCAAGUUGAUGCCAUUGUUAAUUUAGCUGCAACUACGAAGUUUGAUGAAAGAUACGAUGUAGCUCUUGGGAUCAACACAUUGGGUGCUCUCAAUGUCUUGAACUUUGCAAAGAGAUGUGCAAAGGUUAAGAUCCUUGUUCAUGUAUCAACAGCUUACGUGUGCGGAGAAAAAUCUGGCUUGAUAAUGGAAACACCGUACCGUAUGGGUGAGACGUUGAAUGGUACCACCGGUCUAGAUAUCAAUCAUGAGAAGAAAUUAGUUCAGGAGAAACUUGACCAGCUCCGAGCCAGUGGAGCAUCUCCUGAAACCGUCACACAAGCCAUGAAGGAUCUCGGACUCAGGAGGGCAAAGAUGUACGGAUGGCCAAACACAUAUGUGUUCACCAAGGCAAUGGGGGAGAUGAUGGUUGGGACAAAAAGGGAAAAUCUAUCACUUGUGUUGCUUCGUCCUUCAAUUAUUACCAGCACAUUCAAAGAACCAUUCCCUGGUUGGACUGAGGGCAUCAGGACCAUUGAUAGUUUAGCUGUUGGAUAUGGCAAAGGCAAACUCACGUGCUUUCUUUGUGAUCUUAAUGCUAUUUCCGAUGUGCUGCCCGCGGAUAUGGUAGUAAACUCGAUUCUAGUAUCAAUGGCCGCUCAAGCCGGUAAACAAGAAGAGAUUAUUUACCAUGUGGGUUCUUCACUAAGGAAUCCGAUGAAAAAUAAAAAAUUUCCUGAAUUAGCGUAUCGGUAUUUCUCAACCAAACCGUGGAUCAACAAAGAAGGAAAGGUCGUUCGGGUCGGGAACAUUGAGAUUCUGGAUUCUAUGCGUAGUUUCCAUAGAUACAUGACCAUACGUUACUUGAUUUCAUUGAAGGGACUUGAAUUGGUAAACAUGGUACUUUGCAAGUUGUUGGAGAAGGAAUUUAAGUACUUCCAUAGCAAAAUAAAUUUUAUAUACCGGCUUGUUGAUCUCUAUCAGCCUUACCUCUUUUUCUAUGGAAUAUUUGAUGAUACAAACACGGAAAAAUUGCAAAAAAUGGUAUCGAAGACGGGAGUCGAAAGCGAGAUAACCAGGAUCUCUGAUUUCCCUUAUCCCCUUCUUGCUUCCCGGCGAUCCCGCGAUUUCAUCAACGGAAGGGAUGAUUUCGCCGACGAUACGAGGAGCUGGAACCGGAAGAUCAAACCGGAGUAUGGGUUCGAUGAGGAUUACGAUGGAGAAGAAGACGAAGAUGAUCACGAGGAAGAAGAUAGAAGCUUGGAUCUGUUACUUAGAUUUGUUGAGAAUGUUUUCAGAAAGAUUUCCAAGAGAGCAAGGAAAGCUGUCCGAUCAAUUUUGCCUGUUUCGAUCUCUACGAAGCUCGUGGGUUUUUCAGUGAAUGGAGUACUUAUUCUUGCCUUUUUGUGGAUCUUGAAGGCUUUCCUCGAGGUAGCUUGCACACUUGGAACUAUUGUAUUUACGAGCAUUCUACUUAUACGUGGACUUUGGGCCGGUGUAGCAUACAUGCAAGAGAGCCGCAACAAUAGGAUCAAUGAACUCGCUGAUGACCCUCGUGCAUGGAACGGGGUGCAACCAGUUUCCUGAUGAAUUCGCUUUACACUUGUAGAAAUCAGAAUACCUGACUUUUGGGAGCCAUAAUGGGGUUGAGGUUCUUCCAAGGCAAUAAAACCACAUCUGAGUUCAGAGUCAGAAAGCAGUUACAGUGCAUGUUCAUUGGCAAUGUCUGAUGAUUUAGUAAGUAAAAAAGUGUAAUAUUU